UGGCAAGUCGCUACCUGGUUGCCGUGCGCAGCCAUGCUCCCGGUGAGAUGGAUUUUCUUUUCCCGUCCGUCUCCUUCAGCAGAAAGAUGGCCGUCCUGUCGCGGACAAAGCGCUCUGGUUUAACGUAGUCAGAAGUCUUCUCACUCUCUGAGUGUGUGAGUUUGAGUGGCAAUGCCGGACCGGGACCAUAAGACGAGGAACCAGAACUAUCCUGGGCCUGAAAGGAGAGACCGGGACAGAGAGCGGGACAGAGAGCGGGACAGAGGCCGGGACAGAGACCGGGACAGAGACCGGGACAGAGACCGGGACAGAGGCCGGGACAGAGGCCGGGACAGAGGCCGGGACAGAGGCCAGGACAGAGGCCAGGACAGAGACUGGGACAGAGGAAAUGAGUCCUACAGGGAGGACAGGAGCACGGUUUGUCAUUACAAAGAGAGAUCGAGGAACUACGGAGAACCAGAUCAGGAAGUAUUUACACCUUACGAGUCAAGAAAUGAAGAAGCUCUUUACAACCUAAAGUAUAUUCCCACCGCCAGAGGCCUUUGCCAGUUAAUGCAGUUUUUGGUGAACUUGCUGAUCGUGAUCUGCGCCGGCGUUCCGUACAGCAACAAGGGUCGAUACCAGGACCUGGCCGGCCUGGGCGGGCUGUACUACUACUAUUACGGCGGGGCGCAGGCGUUCACGACGCAGGAGGCGGCGAAAGUAAACGAGCUGAGCGAUCUUUUCUACAAGCUCAAGCUCCCUCCGUAUAUUUUCACCAUGGCGUGCGGUGGAGCGCUGAUGGUUUACGCUUUAGUCAUGUUGGCACUCGGGGUGUUGCGCGUCCCGUACCGCUGCCCGGUCGUGCUGCUGCCCGAGGCCCUGCUGGACGCACUGAUCAGCCUGGGGUAUAUCCCUGCCGUGGCCUUUUACUUCAUCAGACUCAAGGAGACGUACAGUAACCCGAUCUGCAAGCAGAGGGAGGACAUGUACUUGAGCAAAGGCAUCAAGGGUUAUGAGUGCAGUCUGAGUGGGACGGACAUCGCAGGAGGGUUUUUCGGCGUGAUGGGCGUGUUCGUGUUCAUGGUGAGCGCGGUGUUCACUGUGAGAGCGUUCAGAGCCGUCAGACAGAUGAAGCAGCAGAGGGAGGCAGAGGAUAACUACGUGUAAACACUACCGCUGUAAUUAUCGCCGCUUCUAGUCGAGGAGCAAGUGGAUGCAGAGGAUUAACGGAU